AUGGCAGAAGUUGGCUCUCCGCGCUCGUGUGCGAGUUCUGUUGAAGAUGAUAGUGACGCUGUCAACACCGAUUCCGCGAGGGUUUACUUUGGACCUCUCCAAUCACCCGAGAAGAAAUUCGCACCUCAUGCGAAGCUACGUACUCCCCUGAGAAGAUCGGCCAGGUUUUCUCAUAUACCUGUCAAAUCGCUCCUCCUCUGUGGAUCGAGCGACGAGGAAGAUUUGCACCCUGACGAGGGUAAGCGGUCGCCAGAGGUCUCGGAUCCUGACGAGUCGAUGUUUUACACCGAUUCUGCUCACAUUGAGCCCGUAACUACACCCUCUGAACCUCAUCAAGUUACAACGACGGAAGAUUCGGUAGCAGAACCGGCGCGAAGGUCUGCCGUGUUAUCUGACAUUGGAGGAGUUGACCCAUGCUCUGCUGAAAGACCGCGAGAUGGGCAAGAGAUAGUCGAUGAAGGAGGUCAGUCCGGCUUGAUGUCUCGGGAGGGUACGCCCAUGCACGAUGAUGCUCCGCCAGAUGAAUAUGCCGUGUUAGAACCCUCAUCCUUGUUGGCUAGCAAGAUAUUGCGCGCACAUGACAACCCCUCACCUCCACCAAACCUUCCAGACAUCGGACAUUACAGAAGUAUUUCACCCGAUUCUCAUAUUCCAGUGACCUACGACAACGCCUCUCAACAAGAUCUCAUCAACUUCAAUUCUUUCUCAUUUACCUCAACAUCUCCUCACCCUAUUACCGCACGUGCGGACACUGAAUACCAUCCUACUCUAACAACCGUGGAUGAUUUGCUUGCUCUGUCUCCAGUUCCCAACCCAGAUACGACCGACGUCAACCGAGAGACCACCGCGUCUGUUGACGAAGAGGAUCAAGUAUUAGUGGAACUCUCUCGCGAUGACUCUGAGCCUGUUCCAUACUUGCAUGAUGCUGUACCCAUACCUGAAGCUGUGCCAGACCCUGUCACACCUGUGCGACGGUCUUCGCAGCGGCAGCGAAGCCGUAGUCCACUUGUACCACAGGAAGCUUCUCUACAAGACAAGCAAGGAUCUGAAAGUAAUCUGAAAACCCCAGGCCUUCUCGUCAGGAAAGGAAAGAACAGGGAAGCCACUCGCGAGGAAGGGUCCAGCAAGACCCGGGAAAGUACGGUCGUAGCGAACGCGCAGGACUUACAGAUAAUUCUGCUUCAGACAUUAAUCUCCACUGACACCAAGUCCAUUGAGAAGACCAGAGAAGGUGUAACUAUGGACAACAGUAUUGCUAAGGUCGACGAGGACGGUCCCACAUUCAAAAUAGAGCAGAAAAGGCAGGGCACGCAAGCCUCGUUUGAGCGCGAGCUAGGUUCCUUGUCUCCAACGUCUGCAGGUCUUUUGAUGCAGCUACUUCCUACCGCUUCUCGUUCUUCAGAUGGCGAUUCUACAUCGUCCGUCGCAGUGGAGCCCAUAUACACACUGUCCCCACCCUCGUCGUCUUGUCUCCCCAUCUCCUUACCUUCUCAAUCCCCUCGAUCCCCUUCCCCUACACGUGUCUCCGAUACCAAGGGUGGACCUGUAACCCCGUCUUCCCCGACUUUUCGUACGCCUGCACGCCGGAUACCGAUUGCGCAAGCCAUUGCACAAGGCAUGUUAUCUGCGCAGAAGCACGGCUCAUCAUCGAGCACCCUCUUUUCGAAGACCACGGCUGGCACCGGCUUUCCGGCCUCUCCUGUUUUCAAGCGGACUGCCCUAGAUGAUCCUGCCAGGAGUCCUGCGAAGCGCAUCCCGGUUUCAGAGGCGAUGGCUAUGGCUACUCCCGCAAAAGGUAAGGUGCCUACUCGACUGGGCUCGCCCAUGCGUGCAUUUUCCAGGGAACGAAGCAGGUCCGUCGAGCCGAAGCCACCUGUGAUUCAGAAACAGCGAGCGAGCUCCGCUGAACCUACCAGACCUAUUCUCGCUCUUAAAGUUGGAAGAGACGGAUUCUUUGCGAAACCACGUUCCUCCGCCUCCGACUCAGAUGCGUCAACUAGUACCCCGACAGGAAAUAGUUCAAGACCAGAGAGGGCCCGAGUCAUAUUGCCAUUCCCCAUUGUGGCAGCGCCACUUCUCCAGCCGACGAUCCCUGAAGUAGAAGAGAAUGAUGCUGAGUCUCCCGUACCUCCCGUUGGUACUUCGCGCCUCCCUCUUCCCAGUCCUUCGAAAUCUAGUCCAACGAAACCGAGCUCUAGCCUGAGGCAGCCAUCAGCUUCCAGUAGGAUCCCAAGGAUUGGUGCUAAGCCAUAUGCAAGGCCAAAAACCCAGGACACAGACGCAGAGAAAGAUACAAAGUUAAUAGUGUCCGCACGCCGAGCAGCUGGUGCCAGUACAAGUACUAACGCUGUGGCGGCCACUCGGACAGCCCAGCCCCUCAGAGUCAUGCGCCUUGCUCGUGGCAACGGCAAGAGCGCGGAAGAUUACCCCUCCAAACAUCUCGCCUCGCCGUCAAGCAAGGUAUCAGACCCAACGAAUGAUAAGCCGGAUUCGACGAUCUCCGCGGCCACUUCCUUGAAGAGGAAAAGAGACUGCGAAAGGUCGAAGGCUUCACCACCGGGCAUGCCUAUUGUGAUGAUGAGAAAGGUCAUGUCGGGUAUGUUCAGCCACACGUCGAAAUCUGCCCCGAUUCUUGCUGUGACAAUUCCGCCGAACGAACAAGCUCAGGCGGAACCGAGUACUAUCAAGGGGCAGGGCCCUAUCAAGAUGCGGCGAGUUGUUGACUGGAAGAAACCUCGGCAAUUUUUUUGGGAGACCGCGCAGAAGCAGCCAGUAGAAGAAGAGAACACCCUACAGCAAUCUUUUCCCGAUAAACAGGACAAUGUGCCCAUUCUCCAUCAAUCACCCCGUUCGCCACCACAUCGAUCCCCAACACCUAUAGCUGGCCCUUCCUGUGAAUCGUCCCUCUACACCACGUCACGAGAAUCGAAGGUGACGUCUGCAGAACCUCCUUCUCCACCUCAGGUCGAGCCUUCUACUACCUCUGAUACUCGUCGUUCCGCUCGUUCACGGCGGCGUGUAGGACGUUCAUCUGAUGUAUUCGGAGCGAUAGCUGCCACAACUGUACAACCGCUUCAGCCACGUCGGAAGCGUCCCGUGGUCAUAGAGCCCAGUGUGUUCUCUGGGAUGAGCGCUUUGGCUUUGAAGGCCCUUACUACAUCGAACACGACGAAGAAUCAACAACAAAUGGUAGCGCUGCAGACGGAGGUGAUACGGAAAGAAGGGUUGAGGCCGGAGAGUCCUACUACCAAAGUCCGGACAAUACUUGACCGCCAGAAGGAGAUGAAGGUGCAAGAACGAAAGGAACGUGCUGAAAGGAGGGCGAGAAGGUCAGCAGGCGAAGGAACCUCUGAACCCGACGGAAGUAGCGACGUCGGGGAUUUCAGCAUCUUAAGCGUUGACGUGGACGGUGUUCCCCUCAGGCAUCGGAGAGGCCCUGGUGACGAGGAGGAUUACGAAACUCCCGACCGAUAUGAACGACCUGCGAAGCGGGGAAGAACAGAGGCAGAUGAAGCAGUGAAGGACGAAAGGCGAGUCAGAUGGGAUCGUGGGCUUGCGACUAUGGUGUAUUUGGACGACAGUCCUUUAAACCCUCGAAAGCCUCCCAAGGGCGAGCCUGUAAUGAAGGGCUGUUUGGCUCAUACUGCGAAGGCUGUUCGCUUGGACACGUUGGGGAAUGUCGUCAACGCGGAUGUUCCUCUGACUGAUCUUGUCCAUGAGAACGUCGUUGUGAAGAAGUUCGUGUAUGAUGAUGACCCUGCGGAGGAUGAUCCGCCCCAAACCCCUCCGCCUGCUCCAGCGGCCAAGGUGACGAGAAAUAAAAGCAAGAAAUCCAAGAGCUGA